CGUUCGGUUUGUCCCACACUGCGACCCGUCGCUCGUCCGGGAGAAAUCGCCUCGCUGCGCUGCCCGAUGUGUACGGCUGGCUGGAAGCAAAAAUGGAAAGCGACACGGCCGUGCGGAGAAUAAAGCCCCCCGGGACUCAGCGUUACGCCGCGCAGGACGGAGAGGGAGCCCGGGACCGGUGCGAGGACAACGGCUGCGGCGGCGACCCGAAGAGGAAGCCCGAAGUGAGGCUGCUCUUGCUGCGGGAAGGGCUGGCGGCUGCCCUGCUCUCCGGGUUUGUUUUGCUGCUGUGGGGAGUCGUUCAUCUGUCGCUCCAGCAGCUUGUCAUCGGGAAGCCGAGUGGGGAGUUCAACGCGGACAGAGCCAGACAACACUUGGAGCAGAUCACCAGCGUCGGGCCCCGGCCCGUGGGCAGCCGGGAGAACGAGGUCCUGACAGUGGGCUACCUGCUGGAGCAGAUAGAGAACGUGCGAGCGAGGACGGCGGCGGGCCCCCACCGGCUCACGGUGGACGUGCAGCGACCCACCGGCUCCUUCUCCAUCGACUUCCUGGGAGGCUUCACGAGUUUCUACGACCGCGUCACCAACGUCGCGGUGAAGCUGGAGCCCAAAGGUGGCGCCCAGCACUUCGUUCUCGCCAACUGCCACUUCGACACGGUGGCCAACAGCCCAGGUGCCAGCGACGACGCGGUGAGCUGUGCCGUGAUGCUGGAGGUCCUCCACGCUCUGGCCAACCAGUCUGCUGCUCUUCACCACGGCGUAGUCUUCCUCUUUAACGGCGCGGAAGAAAACAUCCUGCAGGCCAGUCAUGGUUUUAUUACCCAGCAUCCCUGGGCUAAACAGAUCCGCGCCUUCAUUAACUUGGAGGCUGCAGGCGUCGGCGGCAAGGAAGUUGUUUUCCAGACAGGGCCGGAGAACCCAUGGCUCGUCAAGGCCUACGUUCACGCAGCCAAACAUCCCUUCGCCUCGGUGGUCGGCCAGGAGGUUUUCCAGAGCGGCGUCAUCCCCUCCGACACAGACUUCCGCAUUUACAGGGACUUUGGAAACAUCCCAGGCAUAGAUCUGGCGUUCAUUGAAAACGGUUUCAUCUAUCACACCAAAUACGACACAGCCAACAGGAUACUGACAGACUCCAUACAGAGAGCCGGUGACAACAUCCUGGCCGUCCUGAAGCACCUGGCGACGUCGGCGGAGCUGGCUGACUCCUCGGAGUACCGACACGGGAACAUGGUGUUUUUCGACCUGCUGGGCGUGGUGGCCGUGGCGUAUCCGGCCCGCGUCGGCACCAUCUUCAACUACAUGGUGGCCGCCGCCGCCUUCCUCUACCUGGCCAAGAAGGCGUCUCUGCCCGGCAAUCGAGGUGGGCGCUACGUUCGGGAGCUGGCCUGCGGCGCCGGGGUGGCGGUGCUGGGCUGGUUGGUCACGCUGCUGUCGGUGCUCAUCGUCGCUCUCCUCGUCACCCUGUUGGGCCGCUCCAUGUUUUGGUACACGCACUUCUACGCCGCCGUCUGCUUGUACGGAGCCGCGGCCGCCGGGAAGAUGAUCCUCAUCCACACGCUGGCCAGGAACCUGUACUACGGCGGCGUGCGUCUGGUGGAGCUGGGCGAUCUGUACUUCGACGUGAGCUUGCUGCUGUGGGGCUGCGGCCUGCUGUGGCUGACGCAGCGGGGGCUGUGCUCGGCCUACGUCCCCAUGCUGAUGGUGGCCUUCCCCCUGGUCACCAGGCUGCUGCUGACCAAGGAGUUUAAACACAGAGGAGCAUCGCUGCAGUACAGCGGGCUGUACCUUUUGGGCCUGGCCCUGCCGUACGUCCACUUCAUGUUCCUCAUCUGGGUGGUGUUUGAGAUUUUCACCCCCAUCAUGGGCCGCAGCGGCACAGAGAUCCCCCCCGAGGUGGUGAUGGCCUCUUUGGUCACCUUGGCAAUCGUGUUCCUCUCCUCUUAUUUUCUGCAUUUUAUCUACUUAACGAGGAGCACGAAGUGGAUCCUGGCAGCUCUGGGCUCGGUGUUCGUUGUCACGUUCCUGUUGGUGUCGGCCGGCCUCUUCUUUCCUUAUUCUGGGAAUCCAAACAGCCCUCGACCAAAGAGGAUAUUCCUGCAGCACACGACUCGGACUUUCCACAACCUUCAGGGCCAGGUGGAGAGCAGAGACUCUGGCAUCUGGGUAAACAGCUUCGACUUCACCGCAGUGCAGCACAUCACGCCCGUCAUCCCCGAGAUCAACGACAGCAUCCGGACCCGCUGCCGGGAGGACCGACCUUUCUGCGGCUACCCCUGGUUCCUGCCUGUGAAGUUCCUCAGCAGGAAGAACUGGUACCUUCCUGCUGCAGAAGUGUCUCCAGGUGCUCCAGUGGAGUUCAGCCUCCUGUCCAAGGAGGAGACCAGAUGGGGAACAGUUAAGAUGACCUUCAGCGUAAAAGGACCCAGCCACAUGUCUCUGUACCUGAUGCCUCACAGAGGAGCCAGUCUGUCCACCUGGUCUCUCGGCGAUGGGACGCCUCAGUACGACCUGAACGGAGAAUAUUUCGUCUUUUAUUCGCACGGCCUCGAUGCUCCGACCUGGACCUUCUGGUUCGAAAUACAGCCCCCCACAGAACCGGACCCGGCCGGCCCCGAGGGGAUGAUUUCAGUUGCCAUAUCGACCCACUACUUCUUCGGCGAGGACCGACGGACUGCUCAGCUGGAGGAAAUCCUCCAUAAGUUUCCCGCCUGGGCUUUUCCCUCCUCCUGGGUCAGUACCUACGACAUGUACCGCUACUGAGGACAUCUCCGCUGAAACAGAGCGGGGGUGGUGGGGGGGCGGGGGACAGCCCACCGGGACAUUUUCAGAGAGCGACCCCGCUGCCUUUUAACUCUGACAAUGACACACACACUAACACCCGCGCUGCGCCCCCAGCCUGCCUGAGAGAGACCUCCAUCACUGUGUCGGCGGGCGGAGCAGCUGACCGAGCAGCUGACCGGGCAGGAUCGCCGCUCAGGCCACCACAAAGCCUCAUGCUCACUAAUGGGUUAGUGAAACACAGGAGUCUUAAGCUUGGAUUUUAUUUUUUUUGUUUGUUAUUUUUUUACUCAGCUGUGCCUUUACUUUCCACACUUUCUGUCCCACUUUUCAUCUCCGCUCAAACGCUAGCCGCUAAGCACUCUUCAGUGAUUCACGCCGCCUGCGUUAGCCGCUCUGUUUACCAGCAAACCUCCCCGCCGCCGCCGCCACCGCCUCACUAAACGUGCCUCUGGAUUCCUGCGGUAUCUACCGCCGCCGGUGCUGUAACGGACUCAUGGAGACGCGUCUGUUAUAUGUCGCAUAUCGCAACAUCUGUCCAACAAAAACAGCUGGCUGAGGUGUCACGUUUCUAGAAGUCCAUGAAAAUCAAUGUUUAAGUGUUAGCUUCCUUUAUUUGUUGUUAUGAAAAUUUAUUCCCUGAAUCUUUCAUUUGAGCGGGUGAGAAACAAGGUAACCAAGCUUUGCAUUCACACUGACCCAGUUUCACCCCCCCCCCCCACCCCGUCCUGUUCCACGCUGAGCUGCUGCUUAUUUACGUUUUUUCUCGAUGUAACGUUAACUUUAAACGUUAAACUAAAACUUUAUCCGCCUUCAUGGGGUCUGCAGCAGCGACAGCGAGUUUCCUUUGCUGAUGUUCCACUUUAUUGUUUUUCUGUGUCUUUCUUGCAAAAAAAAAGAAUCCAAACAGGGAAGAAAUGUCAUAUAUUGGGGCCAAAAGGUAAUUAUUAAUUAAGGACUUUAACAGAAAGGUGCAGGUUCUGUGAAUUUGAUACAGAUUUGCAGGUUUUAUUGUUUUUAACUUUCAUUUCAUUACGUUUGUACCUCACAUUAGUGGGGGGAAUAAAAACUUUAACUUUAGCUCUUAUUUGACCCCAAUUAGUUCUCUAAAUGGAUAUUUCUGGAUUGCUGCCUUUUAAGUAGCCCCGAAAAGUUAUUCAAGGUGAAAAAAAAGAAAAAUCGUAUUUUUUACUCUUAAAUUCUUAUGUUUUUAUUUGGCAGUUUGUUGCCUUCCUUUGUACGAUCUUCAAAUUGAAUUAAAAAUAAAACAUUUUUAUAUAGAUAACUCUCUCUAUAUAUAUAUAGAUAUAUCUAUAUAUAUAUGUUAGGUCUGACGCAGUAGGUCUUUAAAAUUGUUAAAAGCAAUUACAAAAAAGCUCCUCCAUGCUCCUAAUAAAUGACAUUUCUUUGUCAUAGAGAUUCGUUUUUCUUGCCGAGAAAUGUUGACAAGAAGUUUGUUCACUUGUUUCGGCUCGCGUCAAAAAAA